AUGAGAGUCUCAACCAUCAUUUCCAUCGUCAGCUUGGUGGCUGCCUCCUUUGCUGCUCCAGCAAUCCAGCGAGACGAAAAGCGUGGUUUUGUGACCGAUGACCUUGAUCCUCGAUCUUUUGUCACCGAGGGUAAGAGGAGCUUUGUAACGGAGCCCGAGAAGAGAGGCUUUGUCACCGAGGACAAGCGCUCUUUCAUCACCGAGCCUGAUAAACGAGGGUUUGUGACGGAGGACAAGCGCUCCUUUGUCACUGAGCCGGAGAAGAGGGCUUUUGUGACUGAAGAGAAGCGGUCUUUUGUUACAGAGCCCGAGAAGAGAGGAUUCGUGACGGAGGAGAAGCGGGGGUUUGUGACUGAGCCGGAAAAGAGAUCGUUCAUCACGGAGCGCGGCUUCGUCACUGAACCGGAGAAGAGGUCCUUCAUUACUGAGAAGAGGGGUUUUGUUACUGAACCCGAGAAGAGGGGCUUCGUCACCGAAGACAAGCGUAGCUUUGUCACGGAGCCCGAGAAGAGAGGCUUUGUUACCGAGGACAAGCGAUCUUUCGUCACCGAGGACAAGCGAAGCUUCGUUACCGACGAGAUGGAGAAACGUGGCUUCAUGACUGAGGAAGACAUGGACUGA